CUGCAUCAAUGCCAGGAACCAAAACCUGAUCAUCAUGACACAACAAAGAACAGUAACGAGACAUCUUCUCUACUUCAGGACCUCAACCUCGACUGCUGCUUAUCCGUUAUCCACUCAAGACCAAUUGGCUGGCUGAUAGAGAGUCUGAAGCUUCAUUGAACCACGACACCUUGUCCCCUUCGAACCCCAACACUCCAGACCUUGACGAAUAUACUCUCCAGACCACCGCAGGCAUGCCUGAAAUCAUGGAACCCGCGAAUGGUGUGCCCACGGAAGAAAUCAACAACCUCAAGAUCACCCCCUCCAUCACAAUGACCGCCGCAGACGACUCGCCAUCAGAGCCAGAAGCAGGCAUGUUCACCGACGAACUCAUCUCUCAUACCAUCGCUGCCACCCUCCCACCUACAUAUGUCCUCCGCCCCUUGCGAAAAUCAGACUAUGCGAUCGGCUUUCUCGAUGUUUUGCGAGUCCUGACAACCGUGGGCGAUAUCACGGAGGAGGAGUGGAAUGAGCGAUACGACUGGAUGAACAACCAGGGCAAGGGAGGAUACUACAUUAUGGUCAUCGAAGAUCAGGGCAAGAUUGUUGGAACUGGCGCGUUGCUUGUCGAGCGGAAAUUUAUCCAUCACCUAGGCCUCGUCGGUCACAUUGAGGAUAUUGCAGUCGCGAAAGACCAGCAAGGAAAGAAGCUCGGCCUCAAGCUGAUCCAAGCUCUCGACUUAGUGGCGGAGAAGGUAGGAUGUUACAAGUGCAUCCUCGACUGCAGCGAAGCGAACGAAGGAUUCUACGUCAAGUGUGGAUAUAAGAGGGCGGGAUUAGAGAUGGCACAUUAUUAUGAUGGCAGUACGAGGAGUCAUUUGUAGGAGUACCGGUCAGAACUCAAGGCUUCUGGACCACGAAUCGGGAAUAGAGAACGGCCUUUGAGUGCGGAGGUCUCUUUGAUGUUGAUUCCACCCUGCCGUACGGUAGGGAAAUGAAGCUACUAUUCGCACCCAAAACCCAGGGGCAUGUGCGACGGUCGCCGAAUGA